CACCACAGUUUCUCCAUCCAAGAAGCCGACGAUCAUCUCCCCCCUGAUAACUUUGCAGAGAAACAUAUAUUUGGAUCUUUCUUUGACAAGCAAGUCAUGGCCGAGGAGAAGCACCACCACCACCUGUUCCACCACCACAAGGAGGAGGAGAGCUCCGGCGAGGUCGACUACGAGAAGAAGGAGAAGCACCACAAGCACAUGGAGCAGCUCGGCGGCCUUGGUGCCAUUGCCGCCGGCGCAUACGCUCUGCAUGAGAAGCACAAGGCCAAGAAGGACCCCGAGAACGAGCACGGCCACCGGAUCAAGGAGGAGGUGGCCGCCGUCGCCGCCGUGGGCUCCGCUGGCUACGCCUUCCACGAGCGCCACGAGAAGAAGGACGCCAAGAAGCACGGCCACAACUGAAACCAUGUUUGCCCGAAGCAUCUCAUCGCCACUGCUUGAUUCUUCUCUUUCGAUUCGUGUGCGUCAGGCCUUGAUUUGGACUGAUAUCUGCACCUAGGAACUCGAUCUGGAUCCUCGGUGUUCCCGUAUCAACUGCAAAUCAAGCCUUGAGUAAUAAGCGUGCGCAUCCGGCCGCCGCGCUUUAUUUGCUUUGUGUCUGUGUACUGGAUCAUCUUAUGUAUAUUUUUCUGUCGAGAUGUUCUGAUCUGUACUCGAAUAAUGUGAAUUUACGUGGCUUGUACUGCACGGGUAAAAUGGUUUAAGAGCACCCAAGUAUUGGUUAUUGUUU